GUGAGAUGUUAGUAAUGGACCGCCUGCCGUUCUCCACGGCCCACCGCCUGCAUGGGAUUUAAACCCGUCGGUGUUUACAACAUGAGAUGAAUAUAUAUGUGCACAGUCCUUUGGUCAAUUCAACCUCAAGGCAUCUUAAGCAUAUACAUCUGUCUAGAUAUCUCUUGAACCUACCCUAUCUGCUAUCGACCCCCAUUCUCGAUUGUAGCUGAACAUCAUGUCUGGGUUCACCGCACUUCCCAAGGGCUCGCUCAUCCUCGUCACCGGAGCCAAUGGAUACAUCGGAUCUCACACGAUCAACGUCCUCCUCGGACUCGGCUACCGAGUGCGCGGCACAGUUCGAUCAGAGAAGCCCUGGCUCAGCGAGUUCUUCCACCGCAAAUAUGACAAGGAUGCCUUUGAAUUAGUCCUCGUUCCCAAUCUCGAGGACGAGGAGGCUCUUGGCAAGGCCAUGGCUGGUGUAUCUGGUGUUGCACACGUGGCGUCCGACAUUUCAAUGAGUGAUGACCCUAAAGCCGUCAUCCCCUGGGUCGUAAAGGCGACUGAGACGGCCCUCUCCGCCGCGGCAAAGCACUCGAGCAUCAAGCGUUUCGUCCUCACAUCGUCUGCUUUUGCCGCCGUCAUUCCUCAACCCAACAAGGAGAUGCACAUUGACGAAAGUACCUGGAACGAUUUUGCUAUCAAGGCAGCGUGGGACCCGAACACGCCCAAGGAGAUCAAGCCCGGCGCGAUUUACUCUGCUUCCAAGGCCGAGGGCGAGAGGGCUGCGUGGAAGUGGAUUGAGGAGAACAAGCCUGGAUACUCGUUCAACACCAUCCUGCCCAACUUUAAUACGGGAGAGAUCCUCCACCCCAACAUCGGUGGCUCAACCAUGGGCUUCGCUCGGGAUCUGCUCAAGGGACAAGGCGGCAUGCUCAACGCCUUUAUGCCCCAGUGGUACGUUGACGUAAUCGACGUCGCGCGUCUCCACGCCAUCGCCCUGCUCGCUGAACCUGUCAAGUCUCAGAGGAUCUGGGCCUCAGCACACCCCGUCAACGCAUCCGAUUUCAUUGACGUCUUCCGCGAGCUGAGACCGGACAACAAGCUGAUCCCGGAGAAGCAGGCGGACGAGGGACGCGAUAUCAGCGAGCUUCCCCCAGCGGCCAAGGCUGAGAAGUUGCUGCAGGAGUACUUUGGUCAGGGCUGGACUCCGUUGAAGGAGAGUUUGGCUGCGGGUAUCCGUGACUUGUAGGCUUUCAGAGUUACGAUGAGGGACGAGUAGUAAACGUUUUCUUAAGUGGCCUUUGCUCGGGUUCAGCAGAGAGGACCAGGUAGAAAGAUAAUGGGAAGAUUUAGAUAGACCGAGAAAUCACCAUGUUCACG